AUGGUGCGCCUCUCUGCUGCAGGAGCCGCUCUGUCGCUCAUGUCGACGACGCUCGCGGUGCCGACGAGACGGGCCGACGUACUGGCCUGCCUCCAGGAUGCCGGCGUGCCUGCCGACCUGCGCGGUACGGAGGAGUGGUCGUGGGACGGCACGGCGUACAACCUGCGUGUGCCUGUGCAGCCGGCGGCCAUCGCGGUCCCGCAGACGAUAGAGCACAUCGUGGCCGCGGUCAAGUGCGGUGUCCAGAACGGGGUGCCCGUCAACGCCAAGGGCGGCGGCCACGGUUACACGUCUCUAGGCUUCGGCGGCGAGGACGGUCACCUGACGAUCGAGAUGGACCGCAUGCACAACGUCACGCUCGACAAGGAGACCAACCAGGCCAGGGUGCAGCCGGGGACCCGGCUGGGCCACCUGGCCACCGAGCUCCUCAACCAGGGCAACCGCGCCAUCUCGCACGGGACCUGCCCCGGCGUCGGCGCGGCCGGGCACUCGCUGCACGGCGGCUACGGCAUGGUGGCGCACGGCCACGGCCUGGCGCUCGACUGGCUCAUCGGGGCGACGGUGGUGCUGGCCAACGGCACGACGGUGCACUGCUCCGAGGACGAGAACUCGGACCUGUUCUGGGCCCUGCGCGGGGCGGCUCCCUCGUUCGGCAUCGUGGCCGAGCUCGAGUACAAGACGUUCGAGGUGCCGGAGCAGAUGACCGUCUUCACCGUCCCGAUUCCCAUGGACAAGUCCAACGCGUCGCAGUCGCUCCGGGACAUCCAGGCCUACGGCAAGACGAUGCCGCGCAACAUGGCGCUGCAGACCUACAUCGACCGCACCGGCUACCAGCUGAUCGGCAGCUUCAUGGGCAACGAGACGGAGAUGCACGCCGGACUGGACCCCCUGGUCGAGAAGGUGGCCGGCUGGUACGAGGUUGCCGAGGCCAAGAACUGGACCGACUACAUCAUCUUCCACGGCAACAUCGGCGACGACAUCGACAUCACCACGCCCGCCUACAGCGCCCACGACAACUUCUACGCCAGCAGCAUGGUCGUCCCCGAGAUCUCGGCUGAGCAGUUCCAGUCCUUUGCCGACUACGUCGCCGACGUCGGCCAGACCAUCGACGAGUCUCACGACUGGUUCAUCCAGAUGGACGCCAUCGGUGGCGACACCUCGGCCGUCUCCGACGUCGCCAACGACGCCACCGCCUACCCCCACCGCGACAAGCUCCUCCUCUUCCAGCUCUACGACGCCACCCUCAACAUCAACCAGACCUACCCCGAUGACGGCUACAGCUUCCUCAAGGGCUUCCGCACCAGCAUCACCGACACCAUGACCAACGGCACCUGGGGCAUCUACGCCAACUACGCCGACGGCCAGCUCACCUCCGAGGAGGCCCAGACCCUCUACUGGGCCGACAACCUGCCACGUCUGCGCGAGCUCAAGGCCACAUAUGACCCUGACAACAUCUUCCGUAGCACCCAGUCCGUCCAGCUGACGUCUGCUUAA